AUGAUUAAAAGGGCACGUGGUGAAGGUAUUCCAAAGCCUAAAAGAAACAUAAAGAAAGUAUCAAAAAUUGUGGGGAAUGAAUCUAAUUCUCUUUCAUUUUUUCAAUACGUUAAACUAUUUUUAGUAUGGAUACUUUUUCUCUCAAUUGACAUGCUUACUGGUUUUCGUGUUGAAUUAUUAUGGCCAUUUUGGUUGUAUAUUAAAAAUUGUUGUGAGAAAAACAAUUUAAAUAAUAAUUUAACAAAAUAUUUGAAAUAUCCUGAUUUAACAUUUGUUUUUCUUAUUCAUAUAGCAACUGUAGAUCUCAUUUUUUGUCUUUUUGUACCGGUGCCAUUUAUGUUGAUUAUUGCUACAGCUUGGGUAUGGACUCAAUAUAUUUAUUAUUCAAGUGACCGUUCAUGGAGUAUAAUGACGGCAUUUUUAAUUUCAUUAUCUGUUUUAUUUGAAAUAUACGGUAGAAAUAAAAUUGAAACACAUGUGUGGAGUGGAAAAUCAUUUUUGGCACCAAAUUCAUUAACAAUAUAUACAACAAAGACAGAAUCAUAUUUUGAAGGUACUGAAAAUAUGGAAUAUAUAGGCGAUAUUAGUGAUGAUGCAUUUAGUAAUUCUAAUACAAAAGAUUAUUUCACAUUUACAGUUUUAGAUUUUUGUAAACCUUUUGCUGCACAUUGUAUCUCUUAUCCAAUGUUAUGUUUUAUAUUUUCACUAUUUAAAUAUUAUUAUUUAUGGAAAGAAGAUCGAGAAAAAAAACGUAUAAUACUUAAAAAUUCACCUAUUUAUGAAAUUAUGUGUGAAGCAGUAAAUUCACCUAAAAAUGAUUAUGAAUGUAGAUAUAAAUUAACAGGAAUUAAUUUAGAAACUGUAAAUAAUUACAAUAAUGAUAAAGAAAAUUUUUAUAUUGAUGAUAAUGAUAUUGUAGAAAAUCAAUUAAUUAAGAAUAGCAAAAAUUAUGAAAAUCUUCCUAUAUCAACAAUAAUAGAUACGGUGACAAAUGAAGGAAGUAUUAAAAAGUUUUCAACUAUUCAAAAAAGCAAUACAUAUAAAAAUUCUAGAAAACAAAGUAAAUGUAACGGGAAAAAUAAUAAAAAUAAUCAAUAUAAUAUAAAUGGAAUUGAUAAGAAAGAUUCAUCUAAAGAAAGUAUUAAUUCAGAAGAACUAGAUGAUACAGAUUCUAUUUCAACUGCAAGUUGGGGUUCAAAUAUUGAGUUUGUUAAACCUGUCGGAAGCAAAGAUAAAUCAGAAGCAUUUAAAAAUAUUUAUGAAUUUUUCAUUUAUAUGACAACAUUUUGUUUUCAAUAUUUAAAUAGCAUAUUUAUCAAAAACAAUGAUUCUGAUUCAUUAAGUGAUAAUAGUUCUUUAACAUAUGAAGAAUGUAGUGAGGAAGAAUUUAAUACACAAGAAGAUGACUUCUUUCAACUCGGUGAAAAUGGAGAAAGUAAUAAAGAUUGUUAUAGUUCUCGUGAAAGUCCUUCUUUAAGUGGAUCCAUUUUAUUUAAAGAUAAAAAGAAAAUACGACAAAGGGGGCGUGAUAUAGAAAAUAGAAAAGGUGAACAUAGUAAUUCUCCUUUGAAAUUAAAUGGAGCAUUAAAUAAUGGUGAAAGUAUUUUAUAUAAUUAUAAUGAUAAUCUAAGAGAUAACUCAAAAACAUCAUUUUAUAGAGACAAAGAAAAUGAAGAACGAUUAGAAUUAAAAGAUGUAACAACUAGGCAAUUAAAAGAAAGCAAUGAAACAAUUGAAAAUUUAAAAUUACAAUUAAAAAAGAAAUCUUCAAUUGAAAAAGAUCUUCGUAGUCAAUUAGUAAAAUGUGAAAUAGCUGAAAAAAGUGCUAAAGCAGAGUUAACAAAAAUUAAAUUACAAUAUGAACAAUUGGAAACAGAAAAUAUUAAUAUUAAUAAAUGUCGAGAACAAGAUAAAAUUACCAUUACUAAUCUUGAAAAAAAAAUUGUUGAUUUAAAUAACAAAAAAAUUGAAUUAGAAAAAGAAUUAAAGGUUGAAAAACAAAAGUUGAAAGAAUUUAGACAAAUAGAUUGUAAUUUAACUUGUAAACCACGAAUUUUGGAAUUAGAAAAUGACUUAAAAAAUGUACAACAAAAUUUAUUAUCGAAAGACGAUUCUUAUGACAAACUAUCAAAAAAAUUACAUCAACUUCAAGAAGAAUAUGAUUCUAAAAUAGGAUUAGUAGGAAAAAAUUAUGAAGAUAAAAUUCGAAUGUUAAACAAUGAUAAAGAAAGAAUGCAACAUACUUUAAGUGAAGAAACUAAAUUUAAACAAUUGCUUUUUAAAGCACUUUUAAAUGCAAAAGAAGAAGCUAAAUAUCUUAAAGAUUAUUUAAUACAAAAAGGAUAUGAUUUACCAUCACCAAGAAAAGAAAGUGAUGCUGAUGAAACAAAUAAUGGUUUUUACAAUCCUUGGACUCAAUUAUCAGAACCACCAACAUUCUAA